AUGUUGAUAGCCAAGUAUCUAAAAGAAAACCUCUGUUUUCCAUUCCUCAGAGUAGAAAAUAAGCUGCAGACCUUGGAAACUCAGUUCAAAGAUCUGAAGUCAAGCUUGGACAAACUGGCAUGGAAGUUCGAACGUCAGGGUGAGAUCUUGGAGAAUCAGAUGAGCCAGGAUGCAAUGUGGACAUCAAUGAUAGAAAACAGACUGACAUCGGUAGAGACCAACCUCCUGUUCAGCUACACGUGUGAAACCCUGGCCGCCCUGCGCUGCCUGGUGAUCGCCGAGGUGCCCGACCUGGCAGAGGGCCUCCCCACCACAGCCACCAUCCUGAGGCGCAAGGCCCGGCACCCGAGGAUCCAAGGGGCAUGGGAAGCGGCCCUGCAGGGCCUGGGGCUGCGCGAAGGGGAUGUAAGGGCCCUCUGCGCCUUCUUCACCGCGCACGGCCACGAGGCCCAGUACUACGCAGCCGCCCGGAGACGGCUGUGCCCCGCCGACAUGGCCGCCGCCGUGAGCAGGGCCGUGAAGGACGAGAGGCUCCGCGGGAGCCUGCUGCGGGCCGUCGAGGCGGUAGAGGAGAGCAGAGCACGGAGACGGGCGGACAGCCCGGCGCCCCGAGGGCGAGCCCAGCCGCUGUGA